AUGGCGGCCCAUAACUUGUUGGCGACGUUGCUGUUGUUGGGCUUGUUGGGUGUGACUUCAGGGUCUCUGAGCUACGGACAAUCCAGUGGACGUCGGAUGGCUCGGCAUACUUCGGCGCGGAAGUCGCUCCAGCCAUUUCUGACAGCCUCGGGGAAACUAGCAGAAUCGAUCACAUGCCUUGUGAAUACGAUCGAAGAGAACGGGCGGACGGUCAAACUGAAGAAGCCAAUCCACACGCAAUGUCGACGACAAGCCAGCCUGAACUAUGAUGAAUGGGUGCCCGGGUGCUUCCACGCGACAGUCGACGGGGAGGAGCUGUACGAGUGCUGGACGCAGCAAACGGUGAGCAUGCAGGCGGACUGUCGAAAGGACUGCCGCGUAGCUGACGUCAAGGGCCUCUCGGCAGCGUACUGUUGUUGUUGGACGGACCGGUGUACGGACCCGGGGGCGAGAGAGGCGGCCACGGAGCUCGAGAAGCUGCGCUACGAGGUCGACGCU